CCAAAGUAACGGGAGUCGCUGGAGAACAAUCACGUUCACCCACACAUCAACACUGACGAGCGAAGUGCUUCAAUCCUUGGCACAUUGUGGAUGUUGGUUCCUGAACGUGCGGUGACUCAUUACUGUUACUGGGUUGCUGUGAUCCGUGCAUGCGAAUCACGGAGUUAGAUAAAAUGGAGAGGCGAAUGACUGAAGUAGUGGUGUUGCUGCUGGUAGUUGCAGCAGUAUCGGUGGAGGCCGGGGACAUGAUGAGGAAGUCCAUAGUGUUCGACAAGAAGACGCCGGACGUGUUCUACUGCCCCCAGCAGAAGCCCACGGGCUUCGACAAGCUGCUGGUCAAGGCCAGGCCGCUGAAGAAGCUCUGCGAGUUCGGGGCCGGCGCCCUCCCCGAGGACUACAAGUCCGACUGCUACAACGACGUCGACGAGUCGGAGUACGCCUGCAAGGAGAAGUACCGCAUCAUGAAGCGUCUUGUUCAGAAGCAAGAGAGUGAAUCUUCAAAGGAUCCUACAGUGACGACGGAACUCUUCCUGACAGAAGAUUACUGAAAUGAUCCUCACGACUGCAACUGCUGCCAUUUUUUUUUGUUAGUUUCUUUAGAAAUUAACAGUGUUAGGUACAACAAUUAUGUUUUGAUUUGUCUGCUCGGUUCUCUUGUUUUUUCCAGCUUCUUCGGUAAACUGUCUUCUGGUUCUCUACUCUCGGCUCUCCUGCUAUGCCGCUGUCACUUGUGUAUAUUUCCACUGCUGUUUCUGUAGAUGUAGUUCUAACACAGCACACAUAGUUUACCUGCAACUUUAUUUAAGGGCUCUUUCUAAUUGUUGUAUUUUUUUUUUUUUUUUUGAAAGAAUUAGAGAGUAAGAAAUAAGUGUAAACAAUUAUUCAGCCUGUAUAAACCAUAUUAUAAAAUAACUAUCAAUGUUUUUUGUUGAUUAUAUAUAUAGAUUAUUUUGAUAAGGCAAAACUUUACUAUCAGUAAGUUUUAUCCAGGGAUAGUAUAGGUAAUGUGAGAAUAAGCCAUAUGCUUAACUUGUAACCAAAAACACAUUAAGUUUUAACUAAUGGUUUAUAUAAUUCAAAAAUUUAUUUUACAAAUGAGAUUGAAAGAACCUAUAUUAGUUUUCUAUCUCUCUCUAGAGUUAUCAUUUAAUUGGUAACCUUAUUCAAACAAUUCUUUCCUUGCAAUUGAAAUUAAAGUGUAGAAUAGAAUAAAGAAAAAUUAAGUAAAAUUAAGUAAAAUUAUGUAUUUGCCACUAAUCUUUACAUUUGAAAGAAUAUUUAGUUAAAGCGUCAGUGGUGAUAUUGUCAAGUCAGCCGCAAAUGAUCAUUACCCUUCCUGGAAUUACAUCAUCACUGUGAUUUUUGUCUGGGUGAAGUCUAAGUAUUCCCAUGUUUUUUUUUAGUUUGACAGUUACAGAGAGUCCUUAAAAUAAUUCUUUGUCAUUUAUGUAUAUAACAAAUAAGAACUAUCAAGUCAGUAAGCCAAUCUGUGCCUUAUUUUGUAGUUUGCUCUAACAAUCAUAGCUUAUAUUUUAGCAAACUUUAGGUAUAAUGUUAGCAUCGUACCAGUAGUUAAGAAAUUAUUCUUAUCACAGUAACAGUUUUUUUUGUAAUACAUAUAUAAAAAAUGUUUUGAGAUUAGGUCAGAUUUCAUAGUUAAAUUAUUUAAAGAAAAUCUUAAGAAAAUCCUCAGCAGUAUUGUAGCUUUCAUUAGAGCCCUUUAUGGACCAGGCGUGCGGCAAAAGCCCAUUGCCCUCCCAGCACAGUAAGGCCGGUUAACCGACAUUUUACAGCCCAGCCUUGAGAGUUCAGGCCAGGUAACUUAGAUGUGUAAAAAUUCUCAUACAAAACCGCUGAACUUAACAUUUUGCAUUUGUUGGGAGUAAUUCGUGAAUAGGACGGAAGUCUGUCCACUUUUCUCCGGUCCAGAGUAAAAGGAGACAACAACCACACCCGGCCCGGGUUUGCGUCUAUUUUGCACAACAUUUCUGAUACCAAAAAAUUAUUUAAAUCAUGCAAAAAUUCUGACUUAAAACCCACCAUAUCAGAUUGUAGGCAAAAUUCAUAAAAAAAACAUAUCCUAUUUCAAAUUACUUAAAAAAUAUACCUGCAUAAAAAAAGGGACAAGGUAGGUGUUUUUUGAAGCAGCAGUUCACAAAAGAUUGACUUUUUUGCACUGUACUUUUACACUGAUUUCUUAUCUUUUUUUACAAACUCUAUAAAUUUGAGCGGAUGUUACAGAGAGCUGGUAACAACGUAUCUUGGUAGCAUUGUGGUUAGAUGUUGUUGCCGGGUGCCAGCUCUCUUAGUAAGAGAAUCCUCCCACAAAGAGGUUAGUCGUAGACUAUUCAGCCUGUGUGGCUUACCGAAGGACGUCACCCGCACUGGAGAAAUGAUGCUAUGCAGCCUAGCCUGAACCCUUAUUUAUCUAAGUGUUGCAGGCCCAUAGGUAUGCGCUUACCUAGGCAAGACACUCUGUGGACACUUACUGAAACAGGAUAACGAUCAGGUCUAAACAGUACUUACAUGUCGGGUAGUAGUCACGUUCGGCUUGAAUGCAGCGCCCACACGUACCUACAACUGCACAGUACCCCACACACUCCUGGAUAAAACACUAUCUUGUAUAUCUGUAAUGGCACUUGCUCCUUGUCCAAAAUGUAGAGGUCGGCGCGCGUCCGUGCCUGUGAAUUCCUUGAAAGAACACGCCGGAGUCGGCCGGUCCCGUAAGCUUGGUGCCUGCUAGUGUGCCCUACAGUGCCAGGUGAACUGAGAACUGAAAAGAUUACACUGCGAGAUGCGUGCGGAACUCCAGAAAUAAGAAAGGAGGUUAAAAACAGCACUUAAAUAACCAUGGCGGUGACUGAUCAGUUAAAGCCGGCCAAUGUUGGAAGCUCCGUGAGACUAUGUCUGACCUCGCCAGUGAUUCGCAUGUGACUGGAGCAAGGGUUACCUUCAAGGUCGCACCGUCCGCUCCGCAGGAACGGAAUUUGCAUCAACAAUAUCACUAGGUACUUUAAAUCUGAGUUGCUGUCAGACUGUAUCUGGGUAAUUAAAAAAGAACAUAUAUAUAACACUGGAAUAUAUAAUGCUGCACAUCUUGCUGGUUAAAGUUGGAAGAAAAAAAUGAGGUGUGGCUGUGUCAUGUUGUAAGUGAAUACGUGUACGAAAAAGGUAAUAUUUUCUAUACUGUAUUUUUUAUAACACCAUAUAUAUUCACUGCAACUAUUUUACACUAAUGUUUUAUAUAUGUAAUCAAUUGAUUUUGAUGAGAGCUGACAAUUGAAAGUCAACAAAUGGCGUAGCUUCUCCGAGUCAAAAGUUAUACAAAAUGGAAAUCUCAAAAUGCGGCAAAAUGACUUCAAAAUGGCGGCGCUUCCCCCUCCACCGCAGGCGAUGUGUUACAGUCAUUCUUUGAACCUUUAUCUAUCCAGUGGUGUAAUUAAAUUUUGGAUGGAGAUGAUAGAUAUGUAGCUGCAACACCAAACUGUAUCCCCACUAUGGGAGCUAUUUUAAAGACGUAUUCACGUCAAAAUCUUAAAAACCCAACACUGGAGAUGGCUGGCCUUGACGUCACGGGGUGCGCUUCAACAGUGGCGGACGGUACUGGGACCCGGGCAUUGCUUGCUGCCCCAGGCCGUACCACAUCAAUACAAAAGUAAUAGGUAAACACAAAUAAGUAUGAGCAAACAUAAAAUAACUUCAUGUAAAAACCUUUCGAGAAUGAGAAAGCAAGUUUUACUCGCUCUAUGAAACUGUCAUACACUGAUAUAAUAACAGCAUAUACAUAGUCACAACAUUUUUCUUCAAAGAUAAGUUAGUAAACUAGUUCAAUGUAAAUUAAACUUAAAUUCUCCUAAAAAAUGCACCAUCACAAAUACUUAGCUCACUCGCUUACUAUUACGAAAAAAAUUAUUUUAAGUAAUUCUGACCGUCAUGUCCUAGGUAUGUGAAAUUUUGUUUUUUAUAGUGUAACCUUCUUUCACCCUAUGCUCUGCUUUCUUCUUUAAUUAUAUAUUAUAACAGACUUAAAGUUAUUUUGACCCUUGUGUACUUGCACAUAAGGUCUAUGUGUGUUGAUUUUUUUUUUUCAGUGGCCCCUCUCAGGUACUUGGCUUAGCUUAGCAUGCAAACACACUUUUUGGGCACUUCCACGCCAAGUACACACACAUACAAAUUCCUGCCCGUAGUGUCAGAAUGCUCGAAACGUCGCAUCAAGCCGGUUCGGGCAGUAAGCCACUUAUCAUUGUCGAGCAGGAGACCCAAAGCCUUUUUUUUUUCGGAGGCCCCAUUUGCAAGACUCUUACUUUGCAGCCCUCUUGUAUUAUGAGUAGCACGACUUUGCCGAGUCGCAGGCUGGUACUAGCCGAUGAAAGCAUGCAGAAAGACAUCUUAUCUUUCUUGCUGAUUGAUCUUGCUAAGUGGCUAACUGGCGACCCGCUGUCGCGAUCUGGGCCGCGUCAUUGUUUGACGUGGCCCUCCUAAAUAAUCUUACAAUAAAUACCUCAAUAUUAUCUUAUACUGUCAUAUAUUAGCUGUCUUUGUAGAAGGUUAUCAAUAGACACUGUUAUGAAGCCAUGAUAUUCUCACAGAAACACUAAAAAAGAUUAUUCAUGUUUUUUUUAAUCCAUAUAUUGUUUUAUUUAAUUCUUAAAUUUGAGACUGUUGUUUUUUUUGUGUUUUUUUUUUUUUUCAUUACUUUAUCACAUGUCAAAUAUUGUAUAUAUUAGUUAUCCUACACAAUACUAAGACAAAUAAAAUUAUUGUGUAAGACAUUUAAUAUUUAUUCAUAUUUGUUUGGUCCUCCGAAUAAUUUCUGAAAUGAUAUCUGGCCCUUGAGAAGUGUGAAGUUGGCUAUCGCUGAUCUAGCUACUUGGUUAGCAUAAGACAGUGACAAACAGGGUUUCUUUUUUUUUUAUAAAUAAUACUGGUACUUCUUAAUAUGUAGCUCUUUGCUGAAGUAGACAUUUGAAUCAGACCCAAUUGAUUAAACACAUUUCAAUCUAGGAUAUCUUGGAUAUCUCAUGUCAUGACCUUGACAUAAGCAAUUUUUUUUUUGUUUGUUUCAGAUGAGACUUCAUCCUCCAGGCAGUGAAGAUGCAGAAGUUUACAUGUCGAAAGACUUCAAAGAAAAAUUCCAACCAAUAA